GGCUUGAAAACAUUUAUUUUUUUAUAAAACGUAAGUUAACACUGUCAGUAUACAAAAUAAACAAUACAGUCUAUUAAACAGGGAGGAGAGACAUAAAUAGCAAUAAUAACUCCUCUGCACUCACCAUACUACUCCAAAAUGAACUUAAACGCUCUAAAUCGAGAGGGAGUACAUCCAUUAAAGGCAAACAAGUAUACAAAGAUCCCAAACUUGUCACAGAAUUAUUUAGUGAACAUUUUUGUUUCAUACUAACUAACGAAAAACCAUUUAAUGAUUCAGAACCAAUCCCAGUAAUUCCCUGUGAAAUUACUAAUGUAGAAUUUAAUGUACAAAAUAUCUCCAAGGCAAUCAGUACAUUGAAACACUCCUACACUGAUGGACCAGAUGGUAUUCCAUCUAGCAUGCUAAAACGUGGAGGUUAUGAUGUGUGUUUCGCUUCUCAAACUAUUCGCGAUAUCACUCUCUUCAGCAUGUUACCCUACUGCCUGGAAAACUACACAUAUCAUUCCCAAAAUUAAAACAGGACCUGAAGCAAACGUUGAAAAUUACCGGCCUAUAAGCACAACUUCAGUGGUACCCAGAGUGAUGGAAAAAGUAGUUAAGGCGGCCGUAGUCCAACAUCUACUAACUAAUAACUUCACCUCGACCUCCCAGCAUGGAUUUCUUAGGUCCAGAUCAUGCGAUACAUGCCUAGUAGACUACCUGAAUGAUAUAACUCUGAGACGAGACAGCGGACUCCUUGUAUCAGUCCUAUUUUCAGACUUUAAGAAAGCCUUUGAUAAGGUCCCACACAAAAGGCUACUCGUCAAACUAAAGUUCUUCGGAAUAAACAACUCGCUGUACUCAUGUUUCGCUUCGUUCUUAACAGAACGUAAACAAAUGGUAAAGUACGAUGACUGUCUCUCGUACCCUAGACCAAUCACUAGUGGAGUCAUCCAGGGAAGCGUAUUAGGUCCACUUUUGUUUCGUAUGUAUAUAAACGAUAUAUGUAACACCAUAGAAUUUGGGAAACCAUACUUAUAUGCUGAUGAUUUCAAAAUAGUAUACAGCUAUAAGCCUGAGACACUAAGCGAAAGUGUAUCCCAGAUCCAAAAGGACCUCAAUAACUUAACUAUAUGGAGUGAAAAAUGGCAAUUACCAUUUAACCUCAACAAGUGCGGGAUCAUGCACUUUGGAAAGCAUCCCUAUAAACCGCAGCUUCACUUAAAUAAAAGUAGCCCAAACACUCGAAUCAGUACACGAUUUAGGAAUUAAUUACACAAGAAGCCUGAACUUUGACGAACAUGCCUCCUCUAUUAUAUCUAAAUCUAGACGGCUAAUUGGUUUCAUAAUGAGAAAUUUUUUUACAACAGAAGCUAAGCUUACUCUCUGCAAAAUAUGUGUACGGCCCUCCCUUGAAUAUUCCUCUUUUGUCUUCUCUAAUAUGAAUAUCACAGACAAGAUAAGAGUAGAUGUUCAAAGACGUUUCACACGCCAACUGCUAGGAUGUAACUCUAUUACACAGAUAGAUGUAAGCACCUCUCUUUAGAAACUUUAUGGCACCGUAGGCUAGAAAACAAUUCAAUAUUUCUCUACAAAGCGAUAUAUGGACUCUCCUUUCUAACCUCCUGCCCGACUAUGACCCACGACCCAGCCUAUAGACUUGGAAACAACGCAUAUACACUACUUACCGUAAAACACCAAAAACAAAUGCGUUGUAAGUUUUUUACAGUACGGUAUAGUUUAUUGUGGAACAGGCUGCCAAUGCCUAUCCGUAACUGUGAUACGUUCACCAGAUUCAAAAAGCUAAUAACCCUAUUUCUAGACUCUAAAGAGAUUCAACAUUUCCUUGAACUCCCGCCCACCAAUGAGACACUUUAUUACGGACCGCCUAGUAUCUAGACAAAACAAGAAUAUAACGAGCCCGAUUGUUACUAAUAUGAAUAUAAUUUCGUUUUUCGGUGGAGGGAUAGUAACACUGACACCAGGUGCUGUUGAGUUAGGGAGUCUGCCAUAAACGUCUCCAGAAAAGCGUCUUUUAUAGUGAGUCGGAGUAUUCCCCGUAAUUGAGUAUACACAGAUUUACAAAUUAAUUCGAAAUUAAAUAUGAGCGCUACUACCCCACUCCCAAACUGGUUGUGGAUGGGAUAGAAAUUGAAGGAAGCGCUGAAUCACAGAAUAUAUGGCUUAUCCUUUCCUAUUAUUCAUUGUUUAUUAAUCAUGGCCUUAUGCUCCUAACCCUAGCUUUCAGUGCCCAAAUCUCUACAGGUUAAAUGUACACUAUUCUUCCUAAGUCAUGCUUUUUUUUCUACUGCAAGUAGACAGAUAGCUCAAUCUUAUGGAUGAUGAUCUACUAAGGCCGAUCAUACAAAGCUCAAAAUUUGGCCACAAAGUCUUGUGAGUUUCUCCAUGUUUUAUUUGUCUUACCCUGAAAUCUUUUCUUUCUACAAUUUUAUACCCUCUCAUAUCUUUUGAUUUGCUAUUAGUCCUUACUUCUUUGAACCAUUAGUUAUUUUCAUAGCAGUGUGAUAUACUGUAUGGACAUCUAACCCAUAAAAGACUUUUAAACUAUCUGAUUUGUUUGUAACAUGGACCUAGUAGAGACAGUGUAUUCCAACCAUGGGCUUUGAUUAAAGCAGUUUUCAUACUUACCACAAACGUAAGAGAGCUUAACAUCACAAAAGGAGGAAGGGUGGCGUUACUGACCAGCAAACAUGAUGGUGGGGAGAUAAAUUCAAUCCACCCAUGUCUGUACGGCAGAACAAUUUGUUUAAUUACGGCUCCUUAUGGUUUAGUGGAAUGUCACAAACUCAAGUUAUUGAUGUUGAUUUAUCACACGAAAUACCUCUUUAAAUCGUGUUACAAUCGUUGAAGUGGCUGCACUUCCUACCCAGAAAUCCUAUUACAAGCAAACUAGACAAUUCGCUAAUAUACGAAGCCUACUCAAGACCCCAUAAUACCUGAAAAAAAUAAUAAUACAAAAAAAAACGAAAGGGGCUCUAAUAGUUUCGAUAAUAAAAGGAAGAUAGCCAAUUGUAUAUCGCAAUACUGCUUCUAGCACUAUAUUUUGUUUAAUUACCACACAUAAUCCCAUACUCUCAGCUCCUUUCUGAAUCGCCUCCAUUUGUCAGUUGUGUGUCCACUCACACCUUGUUAACACUUAUUUUCUUUAACCUAUUAAAAUGCUCUUUCUUAACAAAUAGCUUAAUAAAGAAAAAAUUGACUGAGUAUUCAUACCUUAAACAUUCCUUCAUGAAUAUUGGCUACACUGCCUCUCGUCCUUUCUUUUACUUGCUCCCCCUUUCAGCCCCCUUGAGAUAUGGAACGAAAGAUUUUAUCCUGCACCAUCCUCAAAGCCUUAGAUAUUCCAAAGGGACAUAAGGUAGCAAAUUUAGAAGCUCCUACCUUCAAUGGACCUAUCCUUGACCAUCAGUUGCACAUUCGCAACGCAGCCUUCAUAAAACGCGCCAACUGU